UUAUUUCCAAAACAUUUGGCUCUACUUAAUUUUACACUAUCACCGCGUCCCUCCCUAUAUAAACAAGAACACUCGUGUCUGUCAUUCAGGCCAUCAAAACAUUGCAAUGUUAACAAGAAAAGAGUAUCUUUAGAAUUCAAUUGAAGAUGAGUUCAACAAGCAAAGCUUGGAUUGUAGCAGCAAGUGUUGGAGCAGUUGAAGCCUUGAAAGAUCAAGGGUUCUGCAGAUGGAAUUACACCAUUAGAUCAUUAUACCAACAUGCCAAGAACAAUAUCAGAUCCGUUUCUCAGUCGUCUAAGAAGUUAUCUUCUUCGUCUUCUGCUGUGGCUUCAAGCAAAAUAAGAGAACACAAGGCAAAGCAAUCAGAAGAAUCUUUAAGAACCGUCAUGUACUUGAGCUGUUGGGGUCCCAAUAACUAGGCUGGUAAAGAGUUGCGGUGAGUUUUGAAGGUUUAAAUGAGGAAUGAACUCUCCUGCAGUAGUUAAAGAUUUAUGAGAAGGCAGAUGAACAUCUAUCUUGGAAGUAAUUGUAAAUUGUAAAUUGUUUAUUAACACAAAUUGACAGAACAAAUUGGACCCUUCUUUGUUAGCUUAAAUACUAAAGAUUAUAUUUUUCCAUUCAA